UGUUCUGGCGGUGAAGUUCGUAACGGUCGGUGUUACUUUUCGUGAAUAUAGUAUUUAUGUUUGAGAGAAAAAUAAAAUAACUGAACGAGCAUGCUUAUGAAAACCUGAAGAGGUUCGAGUAAUCGCUCUGUAAUUCGUGUCACUGGACUGUAAACUGUCUGAAUAUUGCUGAGUGGUGUUUUCAAAUCCGGACGUCUAUAGGAAGUAAUUAGAAGGAGUUUAACUGUAUAUAAAUAUUUUGAACACUCUGACAAUGACAGAAAAUGGUAUGUCAGUGCAGGUCGCUCUUCGGAUCCGACCAUUAGUUGACAGCGAAAUUUCUAGAGGCUGUCAACUGUGUUUGCAUAAAGUACCUAAUGAACCUCAGGUACAAGUACAAGGAACAGACCAUUCUUUUACAUAUAAUUUUGUUUUUGGACCUGAAGACAGCCAGGCAUGCAUCUAUAAUUGUGCCGUAAAAGAUUUAGUUGCAAGAUUAUUCAAGGGAUACAAUGUAACAGUUCUUGCAUAUGGACAAACUGGUUCGGGUAAAACAUAUUCAAUGGGUACUACUUACACUGGAGAUGGCAAUAUGGGUGUCAUACCACGGGCCAUAAAUGACAUAUUUGAUAAAAUCAAAGAAAUGAAGAAUUGGGACUUCAGAAUCACAGUAUCAUUCAUGGAGCUUUAUAAGGAGCAAUUGUUUGACCUUUUGGGAACAAACAAAUGUGCGGUUGACAUCAGGGAAGACGGGAAAGGAAUACGGAUUCCUGGUCUGACUGAAAUUCCAGUUUCUUGCGUAGAUGACACUACCAGAUGCCUAAUACAGGGUUCAGCUUGCAGAGCAACUGGGGCAACUGCCAUGAAUGAACAGUCUAGUCGCAGCCAUGCCAUUUUCACAGUUACUAUACAACAGCAGAAUCCAGACAUUGAGAACUCGUCUAUGAUUGCAAAGUUCCAUCUUGUGGAUCUAGCAGGAUCUGAAAGAUCAAAAAAGACUAAAACAACGGGAGAGAGGUUCAAAGAAGGGGUACAUAUAAAUAGAGGUCUCCUUGCUCUAGGAAAUGUGAUUUCAGCAUUAGGUGAAGAGGGUCACCAAAAGUGUUACAUCUCUUACCGAGACAGCAAACUUACUCGAUUGUUGCAAGAUUCUCUUGGUGGUAACUCAUUUACAUUAAUGAUAGCAUGUGCUAGUCCAGCGGAUUAUAAUUUAGAAGAAACUCUCAGUACAUUGCGUUAUGCUGACCGAGCCAAAAGAAUUAAGAACAAACCAAUUGUGAACCAGGAUCCCCGAUCCACAGAAAUUGCCAGAUUGAAACAGCAUAACCAGGAACUCCGCUUAGAACUUUUAGCCAAAACUGGAAGUGGAGGAUGCCCAGCACAUCACAAACAUCUUGAAGAAGAUAUAACAAAUCUUGUUACUAGGAACCGUAUGCUUACUGAAGAGCUAAAUGAUGCUUUAAGUGCAAGUACCAAUCUGUUUGAACGUGCUCUUCUGGCAGAAGUUGCAAGAGAUCGAAUGAAAUUGAAGCUUUGUGAAUUGCAAGCAGAAUAUGGUCAAGCCAUGGAUAGCUUAAGUCAGACAGUGGAGCAAGAAAAUUGUCCAGCAACAUUUCUAGAACAGUUGAAGAGUUUACGUGAUCUGCAGUUAAAAAUACAGGAAUUACAGGCUGAGCAGAAGCGUAGCAGUGACGAGAUCUUGAAUCACGAACUCUCGAGUGGUCUUUCACAUAAACAAGCAGAGCCAGAGCAGAAUGAAGAUGGUGAUUUAUAUGAAAACCUGCCUGAGACACAUCUUGAGAUUGAUGAGUGCCACCAAUCUCACACUCUGCAACAGGCAGAGCGUACAAAAGAACUGCAGGAGUUGAAUAAGAAAUUGGCAUUAAAGGAAGAAUUAGCAUCAAAAUUGAUGGCCAGUAUGAACCACAUGUCUACAAUACGUACUGACUAUGAGAACAGCAUGAAAGACUUGCAGCAACAGAUUUCUGAUUUACAAAAAGAAAAGGAUGAAUUGAUGCAUGUUCUUCAGAAUGUACAGAACAACAGUUCAAACAAGAUAUCUGAACAGAGAAGGAAACGACUUCAGGAAUUGGAGCAAAAGAUUUCUGCACUCAGCAAGAAAAUAGCUGAGCAGGGGAAAAUAAUCAAAAUGAAGGAGAAAAAUGAUGAGCGAAUCACUCAGCUUAAUGGUGAAAUUCAGGGCAUGAAGCAGGUAAAAGUGAAACUUAUACGUCAGAUGAGAUCAGAAAACGAGCGUUUUCGUUCAUGGAAACAGGAGAGAGAGAAAGAAUUGAUAAAAUUGCGUGUUCAAGACAGACGGCGCCAAAAUGAGAUGGCACGUAUGGAACGUCUUCACACAAAACAGCAGAAUGUUCUGAAGCGAAAGGUGGAGGAAGCAGUUGCUGUCAAUAAACGUCUAAAAGAUGCUUUAGCUGUUCAGAAAAGUGCUCAGGAAAGACGACUGCAGCAGCAUGGGACAGCAGCUAAGGUUCAGCUGUGGAUUGAUCAAGAGCUGGAAGUACUAGUGAGCACCAUAGAUGCUGAGAGGACACUGGAACAGUUAAUGGAAGACAGAGCUGUUCUUCAUGGACAGCUAGACCAGUUGAAGACUCAAUUGCAACAGAGUGAAGUUAGUGGUGAAGACCUGUUUGGCAUAGAGGAAGAUAUAAGACAGCUGAAUGAAGACAUAGACCUGAGGAAUGCUCAGAUAGCAGACUUGCAGCAGAAGAUUAUUGAUUCUGAUCAGGAAAAUAAAGCAAAGACCCGAUGGGAUACCAUACAGUCUAUGGCAGAUGCAAAAUGUGCGUUUAAACAUCUGUUUGAGUUGGCUUCUGGAAUGAAGAGAGAUGCUUCUAACAAAGAAUCCAAAUAUGAGGAACUUCUGUCUACGCACCAUAAAGUGCUUAGUAAAUUGGCACAGUAUGAACAGCAGUUGAAAGAAGAAUCUGAAAAUCAUCAACAGGAGAUCAUCAGCAUUGAAAGGGAGCACCAGGAAAAGGUUCUUCUUUUGCUGCGUCAGCUUCCAAUACCUGUAAACUGUGAAACUGGAGAGACUGGCCUAGCUCAGCGUCUUCACAUACAAAACCAGGAACUAGAAAAGAUGGAAAUUUUGAGGAAAGAACUAGCAGAUAAGACUGAUGAAUUAGACAAACUGAAGUGUCGGUUAACAGCCAAAGAAAAGAAAAUGAAUCAGACUGUCACCAUUUCAGUCAAAAAGUUUUCAAACAAGGAUCUUCAGUCUUACCAUGAUACAGAAGAUAUAUUGGAUGAUGAACUUGAUGGUGAAGAUGAUAAUGUUGAUUUAGACCCUGACUGGCAGAAAACACCAAUCUUCAAACGAAUUCAGAAGUUGAAGAGUCACAGAUUUUCUGCGCACCCUGAGCAGGAGCACGCCGUGAAGAGAAACUGCGAUGGUCAGGUCAGGUGCAUGUGUAAGGGUGUGUGUAAAAACAAACUCUGUGGGUGCAGGAAGAUUGGCUUAAGGUGCUCAAAAGUCUGCAGAUGUGACCACUCCACUUGUCACAACCAAGACCAGAAUUCAAAGGCAUUAUUUUCUGAUAGCAGUAGUGAAAGUGUUGGUGAUGAAAAUAGAGAUCCAGAAGAAGAAAGCUCUAAAAAGCCACGAGCAUUGCUUGAUAAAGAAGAUGUGUUUGAUGGCACCAUACGAAAGCAUAGAAAUCCUGGGAAGUACUUUGCUGAUUCUCCAUGAUAAUGUUAAUAUAUCACGUGUGUGUAUGAAAUGCAGUUGAUUUCAUUAAUAUAAAUCUAAGUUUUAAAGUAUAAUGUUCUUUACAUUUGUAAUGUGGUUUGAGUUGUAUAAACUUUGUGUGUGAUGUGUGUAUUAAUAAUGAAUAGUGAAACCAA